CUUUGCAAGCCUCUCCUGCAUGCAAGGAGGUGAGCAGAGCCCCUGGAGGAAAGCCGCACAAAGGCAGGGAGGAAGAGGAGGUACUGGACAAGUGACUGAAGUGAAGGAACAGAAUGGUCAGCUAGGAGGAAGUGAGAAAAUUGAUAAAAUGGUACAUUGGUGGGUGGCACAAAAGGAAUGACUUUCCAGUGACCCAAAAUAUUUAAAACAUGUGGAAGUCAGCAAGGACAAAAAAACCCAUGUACAGCUUGAUCCAGUGAGAAGAUGUUCUUUGGGCAACCAAAAUUUAACCAAAGCAUCUGUCUGUGGGACAAAAAUGGAAGAUACUGAUUGUGGAGAAAAACUCAUGAAGGGCUCUAACAUUAAGAGUUGUCCUUCUCAGAAAAUAAAAAAGAAAGUGUUUGUAUGCUCAAUAUGUGGGAAAAGCUUUGAUCGGAAAUCAUUCCUCUCUGACCAUCAAAUGACACAUACAGGAGAGAAGCCACAUCAGUGCUUAAAGUGUGGGAAAUGUUUUGAAUAUAAAGGGCUUCUUGUUAAACAUGGAAGAUCCCACACGAGUGAGAGGCCAUAUAAAUGCCUUAAAUGUGGGAAAGCCUUUCGUUCUGGUACCAUCCUUUCAGAUCAUGAAAGAAUCCAUACAGGAGAGAAGCCGUAUACUUGCAUAGAAUGUGGGAAAAGCUUUGCUAGGAGUAGCCAACUCAUAAGCCACCAGCGAAUCCAUUCAAGUGAGAAAUUGUAUCCGUGCUCAGAGUGUGAUAAAGGUUACAAUUCUAGAGCCAGCCUUACUGUCCAUGAAAGAACUCAUACGGGAGAGAAACCAUAUGAAUGCUCUGAAUGUGGGAAAAGCUUCAGUCAGAAAUCACACCUAACUACACACAAGAGAAUUCACACUGGAGAGAGGCCACAUGCAUGCUUGCAAUGUGGGAAGAAUUUCCGCCAAAAAAAUGAUCUUGUUCUACAUGAGAGAACACAUUCAGGAGAAAAACCUUACCAUUGCCCGGAAUGUGGGAAAAGCUUCAGCCAGACCUCUCAGCUUUAUGUACAUGAAAGAAUUCAUACAGGAGAGAAACCAUACAGGUGUGCACAGUGUGGCAAAAACUUUCGUUGGGAAGACAGCCUUAAAAUACAUAUGAGUAACCAUGCUGGAGACAGACCAUACGCCUGCUCAGACUGUGGCAAAAGCUACAGUAAGCCAUCCCAUCUUACUAGGCACAAGGAAACCCAUGUGGGAGAGAAGCCACAUGCAUGCUCAGACUGUGGGAAAAGGUUCACCCAAAACAGCCAUCUUUUUCUACACAAAAGAAUCCAUACAGGAGAAAAACCAUUCACAUGUGCAGAAUGUGGGAAAAGCUUUCGUUGGGAAGGGAGUCUUAACAAGCACAAAAGAACUCACACGGGAGAGAAACCGUACAAGUGCUCAAACUGUGGGAAAUGCUUUAGUUUUAACUGUGCGCUUAAAAUACAUAAAAGGUUACAUACAAGAGAGAAAGCGCACAAAUGCUCCGAUUGUGGGCGAAGCUAUGAUGAAGAGUCCCAACUGCUUAGGCACAAAAGAACCCAUGUCGCUGAGAAACCGUACAAGUGCCUGGACUGUGGGAAAACCUUUGAUUUUAACUCUGCACUCUUAGUCCAUAGAAGGAUACACACAGGAGAGAAACCGUAUGAAUGCUCCGUCUGUGGGAAAUGCUUCAGACAGAGUUCGACCCGUAAUGCACAUAUGAGAAUCCAUGCAGGAAGGGAACUAAAAGAGAAAUCUGAGAAAUUGUUUGGGCAACAUAUCAUAUCACUGCCUUUGAAAUAGCGUUCCAUUUCCAUGAAUGUGUCUUAACCCCUUUCGUAGUGCGAAAGGCAGCAGCCAUGGUCUCUAUUGCCCGCAUUCCAUUUUGGGCCCUGUUGCUCAGUAUCCUCCAUCUGUUUUGGAAAGUUGUUUUGCCCGUCUGCGAUUGAGAGAUGGUGAAUGUGACAGAAAUGACCUCCAUUGGCCAGCUGCGAAAGAUUUGAUCACUGGUUAACAAGAUCAGCAACUGCUUUUCAAAGACCCCAACUAGCUUUGUGGAGCUUUGUGGACUCGGGUCUGUCCCACAGCUACAGCUUCUAAUCCUAUCCUUUUACAUAAGUCAAGAUAGCUCUUUGUGAGUCCUGUAAAUGUUUUGACCAGUUGUUUCCUGUCAGUCUGCCGUGAGUUUUGUCAAAUGUCUUUUUCUCAAUUAGAUUAAACACCUAAUUAAAAACACA